AUGACUGUGACUGUGAAGAAUCCUUUCAAUGUGGUGAUCUUAUUCCAGUCGGUGACUCUACAGUGCAAUUACCAGACCUCUUCUUUGCAGCCUCCAAUCGUAACCUGGAAGUACAAAUCGUUCUGCAGGGAUCGCAUCGCUGAUGCUUUCAACCCCACCAGCCAGGACACCCAGAUCAAUAGUCAGCUGCAGGCUGCCAAUCCUGGGUACAAUCCAUACGUGGAGUGCCAGGACAGCAGCCGUACAAUCCGCAUUGUGGCCACCAAGCAAGGCAACACAGUCACUCUGGGUGACUUCUACCAGGGACGAAAAAUCACUAUUAAUAACAAUGCAGAUCUCUCAAUUGAUCAGACCGCAUGGGGAGACAGCGGAGUUUAUUAUUGCACCGUAUUCUCUGCUCAGGAUCUCUCGGGGAACAAUGAGGCUUACGCUGAACUGCUGGUACUGGGUAAAACCUCAGCGGUCUCUGAACUGUUACCAGACUUUCAGAUAGAUAACAUGGAAGAUUGGCUGUUUGUCGUGCUUAUUAUCCUUGCUGGCUUCUUCUUACUCCUGAUGAUUGGCAUCUGCUGGUGCCAGUGCUGCCCACACACCUGCUGCUGCUAUGUGCGCUGCCCCUGUUGCCCUGAGAAGUGCUGCUGCCCUCGAGCAUUGUAUGAGGCAGGAAAGGCAGCGACAGCCGGAGUGCCUAGUAUGUAUGCCCCCAGUGUGUAUGCGCCUUCAGUGUACUCCCAUCCCAGCCAGGUGAAAGUGCCGCCACCCGGAUCCAUCAUCCAAAUGGCACCAAUGCAGCCCAUGUACAACGGAUACGGAAUGGACUUCGAUGCAGCAAGUUCUGUCUCUGGGUAUAGAAGCUAUGCUUUGGAAUCUAAUGUGUUUUUUUUUUUUUUACAUGUUGCAGUGCGCAGUGGCUACCGCAUACAGGCCAACCAGCAGGAUGAUUCCAUGAGGGUCCUUUACUACAUGGAGAAGGAGCUGGCAAAUUUCGACCCAACCAGACCAGGAGCCCCUGGCGGUAGAUUUGAAAAUGUCAUGAGUGAGGUGAGCUCUUUACAUGAGGAAGAUCAGAGAAACAAUCUCAGGAACGGUCUGGAUCGCUUGCGCAACCAAGGCAUGUCUCCCAUCCGGGAUAUGGAGGAGGAAAGCCUCCUGGGAAGUGACUACCGUCGCCCUCCGAUUCCUCGACAGGGCCCUUAUGACGAUAGAUUCCAUCAUGGCCCACCAAUGGAGAGACGUGGCCGUACCCGCUCUGUAGACGACCUGGACGAGUAUGACAGACGAGACCGACCUUAUCGCGAUUCUCCCUCUGAGGGUCGAAGCCGAGGAAGACGCAAUUCCGAUGACGACAACAGCAGCCGAGGAUACGGUCGAGGUAAGGACGGGCGCUCUCCUGAUCCCCGUGACGAUUACUAUGGAGGUAAAAGAAGCCGCAGCAGAGAUGACCUCCAAGAUGUGGGCCGCCGCCGACAAGACCCAGCGUAUGAUGAUCGGUUCCUUGAUGAGGUUUUGCGCAGGAAGCAACAGCAGAAAGCCGGAAGCCGUGAUGGUCUAGACAGCAUCGCCAAUUCUUCCCGCUCAGAUGGCAGAAGGAACCGCCAUGACGACGACGACUUUCCACCGCCACCUCCUCCGUAUACGGAAACCGAAUCAGUCUCCUCUCGAGGGAAGAAGAUGAAAAGGGUGAGUCAGUUUUAA